CCACAAUCACAGCUGUAGGUAGCUUGGUGCUUGGCUUUUGGUCGCAGCCGGUGAGAACGAUGAUAUCCUUGUAGACUUCAUGCACGAAUUUGCAGGUCUCGUAUGGGCUUUUUUCUUAGAAAGGCCUUUGAAGGACAAUAUUGUAGUCGAGACGCACUCCGUCAUGGUUCAUACCAGAGCUCGGAGGCCUUCUAUAUAUAAGGGUUUUAUUCCAAUUUGUUACCCUUCUUCAAACUUCUCGAAAACUGUCAGACAUCAUUCGAAUGUCAAAAGCUUCCUUUUCUCUUUCGUUUUGUCUUUUCUUUUUCCCUUUUUCCCUUUUCUUUUUCCUUCUUUUCUUUUCUUUUCUUUUCCCUUCCUUCUUUCUUUAUUUUUUCUUUUUCGAAGGUAGCAUAAUCAACGUCCUUGACCGCAUGAAGAGCGUAC